AAAUUGUAAACAAACAAACGUUUCGAGAAAUUUUUGUAUCGUUCAGAUUAUAAAUAAAAUAAAAAGUUAAAAAUGGCUCGAAAUGCUGAAAAAGCUAUGACAACCUUAGCUCGUUGGCGUGCUGCAAAGGAAGCAGAGACCGGUAAAAACGAAAGGCGGCCGUAUCUUGCUAGCGAAUGUCACGAUGUUUCAAAAUGUGAAAAAUGGAGAAUUGAAAUUAUCAGAGAAAUUGCUAAGAAAGUAGCUCAAAUUCAGAAUGCUGGUUUAGGAGAGUUCCGAAUACGUGAUCUAAAUGAUGAAAUUAACAAACUUUUAAGAGAAAAGCGUCAUUGGGAGAAUCAAAUUUCAAAUCUCGGUGGUCCGCAUUAUCGUCGAUAUGGACCGAAAACAUUUGACGCAGAAGGACGAGAAGUCCCAGGAAACAGAGGAUACAAGUAUUUCGGUGCAGCUAAAGAUCUUCCUGGUGUUCGUGAGCUUUUUGAACAAGAACCGCCACCACCGCCACGUAAAACGAGAGGAGAGUUAAUGCGUGAAGUUGAUGCAACAUAUUAUGGAUAUCUUGAUGAUGACGACGGUGUUCUCAUUCCAUUAGAAGAGAAAGCAUCAAAAGAAGCUCUUAAAAAGUCAGUCGAAGAAUGGAAAGAAAAAUUAAAGAAAGGCGAACUCAAGACUGGCGGUGAAGAUGACGAAGAAAAGGACACAACAUACACUGAAAGCGUCAAUGAUGAACUUUUAGCUCCCCGGUUUGUUUCUCAUGUUGCUGUUCCCACACAAAAAGAUAUCGAAGAAGCUUUGCUCCGUAAAAAGAAAAAAGAACUAAUGCAACAGUUUGGUAUUGAAUAAAGUUAAACAAUUUUUAGCUUCAUCAUUGUAAGUGAAGCAAUAAAAAGAUAAGAAAUUUAUCAAGC